AUGUCCUCCCUCUUCUCCUGCUUCGGCCCGCGCAAGCCGACCGGCGCGGGCAGCACGACCGACGAGCACGGCAACGCCGAGACGAGCACGCUGAACGAGAAAUCCGGCACGAACAACACUCCGGCAGCGCCGGCAGCUCCGCCGCGGCCAGCCUAUGAAUCGCGCCUGCCGAAGCCGGCCGCCGACGCGACCAUCGGGGCGGCCGUGUCGGGCGUCUUUGACAGCAUCGACGUGUACGUCGAGAAGUACUACCGCGACAAGACAUCGCUCGAGCUCGAUUCCACGCACGAGGCGUGCCUGAUGCUCGUCGGCACGCCGCACCUGCCGUCGUCGCCCAUCGACCUCGUGCAGAGCAACCGGCCCAACCCGCUGGUCUGCCGGCCGACGAGCCUGAUCAAGCACUGCAUCGCGUUCCUGAUCCAGCAGUCGAUGACGAUGGACGAGGGCGGCAGGAAUUCGCUGCUCCCGCCGUGGGCGACGAGUCUGCCGCAGGCGCUGAAGGGGCAGGACAAUGCGGAUGAUGCCUUCGACGAAGCCUUCGCCCACUGGCGCGUCCUGACGUCGUACCUCCAACCCACCUCGGCCGCCUCGAUCAGCCCGCUCGCCAAGCAAUCCCGCACCCAGGCCACGCGUGCCAUCGCCGACCGCAUCGGCGGCGCCUUCGCGCCGUGGGAGAGCAUGCCCGGCGCUCCGGAGCAGCGCGCCGACCUCGUCGCCAUCUGCGAGGAGGCGGCCAGCGCCGCCGCCCUCGUCUUCGCCCAGCCGUCCACCUUCGCGUACGUCUGGGAGCCCGUCAACCUGGGGCUCGACGAGGAGCCGCGCAAGGUCACGGUCAUCAAGCCGGGCCUCGUCAAGGUCGUGAAGAAGGGCGAGGAGGACCCCGCGCGGUUGUUGGAUGCGGCGGGUGCGGGUGAGGACGGGGGUAGGGCGACGAUUGUGCAGCCGAGGCAUGUGUCGUUGACGUUUCCGGUGGGGUAUGUUGCUGAGUGA